ACUUUGCAGAGAUCAACACUCAACUGGAAAUUCAUAAGGAUUUUUGUGUUAAGUGCGAGCGGGAGAUGAAUGACAGCAAUUCGGCCUGUUUUUAAAAAACGGGUCAAACCAGCUCUUUAGACGGAGUCACGUAUCCUGGCAUUGACACCAAUGUAAACGAAUUCUGAAAUUCAAUCUCACCGAAAGAAAAUAGCCAGUGCAGGGCAGUGUAGUGCAGUGCAGUAAUGUACUGUUGAAGACCCCAACAGCGUGCAACACCGAAAAAUGCCUGCAGGUGUCGUUCAAUGUCAACUAGACAAUGGCUGCCAGCGGCUUGCGACGUACAGUGAGGCAGCUGGAGCAGUAUUUUGCUUCCCUGACUAGGAGCCACUGUCGUGUCGCUGAACUUGACAUCCAGCAUCACAAGGAGGCACGGUCACCUCAAACCGUGACGACCUUAAUUACAGCUUUGAUGGGAUCAGCGUGAGCGUUUGAGACUGCACCAACAGGACAAAUGACAGAGGAACAGAGAGGGUGAACGAGAGCAAGCCAAAUUGUACAAAUUGGAGAAGGACAAGGCUGCACGUUGAUUAGCCUGUGACUGAGCCCAAGAAGACGGAGGCAGGCAUAGAAGACAAGGGGCUGCUGGAAAUGGAUGAGAUGCUUGUCUGCAGACAGACAGAUUAAGAGGUGUGCCAAAAAUUCAUACGCUAUUGGUCACGACUGCCAGCCUGCCGCGAGGAGGAUGGACUGCAGUUCAACCACGUCAUACUCUCAAAAAUCCCUGACCUUCAUCCACCCUCUUUGGCUCCGACUCCAAACUCAAAUCAUUGGCUCAAGCUCAAGAAAAGACUUCUUUGCACUCAUCCGCAUGCCACCCUCUUGAACAGUUACUUUGUAACUUGGUGACAGAGCGGUAGCGCUACGCCACAAAGGCAACCGAACCAUCUCACCCCUGCAUCUCAGCUUGCAGCACAAGAAGACUUGUGAGCGUGAUAUGUUUCCAUGCACGUGGGCAGCUGAUGAUGAAAAAUGGCAGGGAGUCCGGUAGGAGAUGCACCUUCUUUGCCCCACUGGCAUUGGGUCUGACCAGUUAAGGUUGGCCUGUCGGCCAUUGCAGCAUUGGCAACGGCUGUCUCAGUGCUGGAGGGAGCACUAUGCAGCAAACUGACUCACCAGACACAAAUUCAUUCAAAGAGUGCAAGUUCCACUGCACCAAUGGGAAUUGUUUGCGUCUGGGCUCACUGAUCUGCAACCAGCUCAAUAAUUGCGGGGACAACAGCGAUGAGGAGAACUGCCCCAUGGUCACCCAGCACCCUCCACCGGGGAUCUUCAACUCUGAACUGGAGUUUGUUCAGAUCAUCAUCAUCAUUGUGGUGAUGACAGUCAUGGUGGUGGUGAUCAUCUGCCUUCUGAACCAUUACAAGCUCUCCACCUUCAUAACAAGGCAGAGCCAGGCCCGUGGGCAUGAACAUUCCCUGCAGCAGGUGUUGUACGGUCCCCAGGCCAGGGAUCCCUUCAGCGCUCCCGCCUUCAUGCACAGAGAGCGCUUCAGCCGCUUCCAGCCCACCUAUCCAUACCUGCAACACCAGAUUGACCUGCCACCCACCAUCUCGCUGUCAGACGGCGAGGAGCCUCCGCCGUACCAAGGACCCUGCACCCUGCAGCUUCGCGACCCCGAGCAGCAGAUGGAGCUCAAUCGGGAGUCAGUGAGGGCGCCGCCUAACCGGACCAUCUACGACAGCGACUUGAUCGACAUGGGGGGCGGCGGAGGGCCGAGCGGUCCCAAGCCACCGAGCAGUAACUCCGGCAUCAGUGUGGCCAACUCUAAUAUCCAUGGGCGCACGGAAGCCCCCCCACCCGCCUACAGCGAAGUGAUUGGCUCGACGUUCUUUCUUCACCAGCUAAGCAAUAACCAAAGGGUGGUGGAGUGCGGGGGCCCCGGAAGCGGAAUGAUCCAGCAGCAGAGCCAAUCGGAAAGCACAAUUGAACCUUCCAAGACGAAGGACGGCCAACCGGAGGACCUGGUGUGAGCGGGACCACCCAAAGACUUUGGUCCCUCUCUCUCGGUCCACUGUUCACACUCCCGUGCACAACAUACAGCAAGGAAAGAGAGGACAUCAGUUUUGAUUUGGAUUCUGUCUCUUUCUGCUGUUACAAAUUGCUCAGCAAGCACUGCUGGGGCAGGAUUGUGAUGUGCAAGGAGUUAGAUUUAUUUUUUGGGGGGGUGUUUGUCUUCAGCAGAAAAAGCUAGGACACAGAUUGAAACUUUUUUUUUAAAUCCUCCCUCAACCCCGUUGGUGGCAACCUUAUCUGGAGGAUUCCCUCCUUGUUUUUUGUUCCACUUUUUUUGGACCGGGAUCUGUGCACAAAGCCAGGACUGAGAAUCAAAGGACCUAAACAAAACAAGCGACUCACACACACAGACACACACACUGAAAUCUUAGUGCCAAGGUUCACGAGGAAACAAAACACAGCGAGAGGAUUAAAGACAGACUUUGAAAAAUAGAAGUUAUCUAAAAGUUGCACUAUCUUUUUGUUGUUAAAGAGGGAAAUUAUGUGUUUAAUUUCAGUUUCUGUCUCACAAAUGGAUCGAGUGACUGAACUUCAGCUCCAAAAGUGUUUGGGAGCAAAAACCAAGUAUUAUAAGCUUAUGUCCUUCCUUUUUUGAAGCGUCAACAAAUACUUACUACCCAGCCUACCACAUCUCGUUCUGCUUUCCCCACAGGCACAAUGAGACUAAAUUGCAACAACUCUGCCAUGCUUUAUCUGGGUGAAAUACGCUUCAGCCAGUGAGGGCAGAAGACUUGAAUUGUUGAUGGGCAGCUGGGUGGACGAACUCUCCAAGACUGAAAAUCACCUCGUGACAAACCUGUGAGACGUUCUCUUCCUGGAUUCCAAGUGAAAAAUCAAACCAUCCAAAUUUGACACCGAACACCUUAAAGGUCAAGUGUGAAGUAAUUCCACAAGAUCCCAAAUGAAAUAUUUUUGUUUCACAAGUAAUGUCAUUAAACUUUUAAAAAAAAAAAUUUAAAGCAUGAAAAAUUAUUUCUGUUUCGUAAAUUCGGCAAAGUAAUCGACGUGCGAUCCUGGUGAGCGACGACCCCGGAAGUGUGACGUCACUUCAAGGAACACAAUAGCAGGGCUCAAUAUAGAAAAUGUACAAAGCUACUUUGAAAUGGAUUCGGGAAUGAUGUUUCAAAAUCAACCGAGGGGAUCUGGGUGUUUGAAGAGUUGGAGGAAGAGGAGGUUGUUGACAAGAUGUGUGUUCGACCGUACUGGACGAGCCAGUUGCUCAGGAUGCGGAAAAUGUUGUGCCCGAAUGGCCGGACAUGGACUGGAGAUGAGACCCAUCGGGAUUGGAAGAACGAAUGGUUUACAUAUAGAGGCUGCGGUUAUUAGCCUAGCGUUAUUGUUUGAAAAAUGAUGCUGUGCCGUGCUGUAAAUUGCGCACGGUGGGAUUACAGUAUUCCCGCUCGGACAGGGAGCGCUCAUCAUAGUGGGUUAGCGUCCUCUACGUUGUCAUUGCUAAGGUAGUUCUGUUGCGAUGUAGGCCACUCUGCACAUUAUAUCGGCAGCAUUGUUACAUGCAUGAUGAAUGACGGAUGCGGUAGAAGGCAGGUUUAGGAGACUGAAGACAGGGUUGUUGUUUUUUUUUUUUGCAAAGAAUUCUGCAAACUUCACAAGUCAAGUCAACAUUAUUUAUAGAGCACUUUCAAACAGCCAUCGCUGCAUACAAAGUGCUGUACAUGGAGCGAUUUAACAUACACAAUAAACAGUAAGACGAAAUGGUAAUAAAGGCGGUAGAAAGCACCAAGCAGUAAAAUCAUGCUGAGUCGAACGCCAAAGAAUACAAGUGGGUUUUGAGGAGGGCUUUAAAGAUGGGCAGCGAGGAGGCUUGCCGAAUGUUCAGUGGGAGGUCAUUCCAGAGAGAGGGACCAGCAACAGAAAAGGCUCGAUCCCCUCUGAGCCUCAGUUUAGUUCUUGGUACUUCUAACAAAGUCUGGUCCACAGACCUGAGGCGCCAGGCAGGUGUGUAGGGGCGGAUGAGCUCAGAGAGGUAACGUGGCGCGAGAUUAUUUAGAGAUUUGAAAACAAAGAGGAUCUUGAAAAUAACUCUAAAAGGAAUGGGGAGCCAAUGAAGGGAUGCCAGAGGAGGAGUUAUAUGCUCCCUCUUACGAGUACCAGUCAAGAGGCAAGCAGCGGCAUUCUGGACCAGCUGAAGGCGCUUAAUGGAGGACUGGCUGACUCCAAAGUAAAGGGAAUUGCAGUAAUCGAGCCGGGAUGUGACAAAGGCAUAAAUUACUGUGUCAAAGUGUUCAUGCGAGAGGAAAGGUUUUAUUUUGGCCAGCUGUCUAAGGUGAAAGAAGCUGGAUUUAACAACAAACUUCAAGCUAAUGACCUUUUACGUGCACAAAACCACUCCACAAACCCGCACCCUCUUCCGACUCCUGAACUGCUCAUGCGCAGGGAACGCGGCGUCAACGCAAUUUCGCACUUGCACAACAGGGGGCAAAGGCACGGUCAAUGCAAAGUACAAUCCUGAUCAUACUCCCAACAAUGUCAAUGACUCUGAGCCUUUAUUACGUCGUCACUCGCCGGAGGUUGUCGGACAGAAGCGUUUUCCGUGUUCAGCGCAUUGCUUAUGGGUCUACCUAUGAUCCUGAGUGGGUUUUGUACCCCCCCCCCCCCCCCCAAAAAAAGUAUGCUCGAGUAUGAGCCCUAAGUAUCACUCAAAAGAUGGUUGGCCAAAUUUACUUCAUACUUGACCUUUAAAUGCUUGAAUUGUAUAGAUGAUGACAUCAAUUCCUGAAAAAGGAUUUUUGUUCAUGUUGACAACAGAGACCUGGAUCUGCACCAAAAUGACAGCGGUACAUUUUUUUUUUCAUAGCCGUGCUCACCAUCAAACAUGCAAAUACAUGGUCAUGAAAAGCCAACCGUCCACCCGGCUGUCUGCUCCUGGCAGCGUCCCGCCUCCUCUUCCCUGUCUCAUGAGCCCCCCCACCCACUCAAACUGGGCAUUCUGAAUGAACUGUGCCAUGACACUGGUUGGAACGAAAAGCUCCACGCUCCGCCAUAUCUCUUCAUUGGCCAAUCAAAGCAAGACGACACGUAGCCAAGAUUCCUGUGGACGUCAAGAGUUCGUGCAAACAGUCCAAGGGCUAUGGGAGGGCUCCUUUUUUUGGAAAGGGAGAACAAACUUUUUUGAAAAUGUCGCCUUUUUCUCUGCUCAUUGUUGCCUUCUCUCCUCGUGUGCUUUCUCUUUUCUCGAGCUUGUUUUCACUGGAAACAUUCUUUUUGUCCUUUGGCCAACACUCAUCUUCAUAUUCCUUUGAUCCAUGUGGAGAAAAUAAUGCUGAGUCUGCCAAGCCCCUUUAAAGUGGAGACCGGACCUGCUCGAGCACCGCGCUCAUCCAGGCGUCUCCUUCCUUCUAGCUGCAGUGCGCGCACGUGCAUGCGUUCGUGCGUGUUUGUCGGGUAGACCUUUUUAACAACACAGAAAAGCACUUGAUGCGUUUGCUCAAGCAAAGUGUGUGUAUGCGUGUGCACAUGCUUCUUGUGUGUUUGGGUUGCUUUGUCAACGUUUUGACAUUCAAGGUCAUUUGGCCCUUGUCCGCAUUAGCGGCGAAUUAAGGAAGCCUUCAUUUGAAUUCAGAGUGUCACUUUACAAAGCCAGAGGUGCAUGAUGGGAGCGACUAUAGCAAAAUUGAAGGGAAAAAAAAGCAUGCCGUAGUCUGUAAGGUUGCACUUGUCCUCACUGAAGUAUCCUGCACCACAUGCUAGUUGGAAGCUUGUUCUCAUUUGUUUCAUUUCUCUAUUUUCAACAUCCACAUUCUUGCACAUAUUCGCCUCCCCUCAGAGCAUAGAAAAUCAUAUUGACCCAAUAGAUUCUUUCUCCGUUUGAUGUCACCUCGUGCAGCACGUCUAUUGCAAAAAAUAUCAGCAUGGCGGCCUUAAUGAAUGGAGAGUUCAAGUUAUGCUGAAGUGCUAAAUGCUCAUGCAUCUCAUCAGAUUGAAUGAAGGCCUUCUCAUUUUGUGCGUGCGUGCGUGCAUGCCACAUUGCUGCUACUGCUUUUUUUUUUUUUUUUGCUACUGCUGCUUGUUGAGCCUUUCACUCCACCCCGCCCCCUCCUUCAAGCCAUCAAAACAUAAGAGGUUUCAGACUCUGCAGUCAAAGGUUUCCAUAUUGGGACCAAAAUUGGACUCGUGUGAAAAGAAGGAAAUCCCAUCACUUGUUUUCUUCACUGGUGACACAGUUUUCCCGACUUAUUUGGUCCUUUGACUGGGGGGGGGGGGGGGGGGGGGGUGCUGCUUCAAAGUCUAUUUGUUUUUGCUCUUUUUUUCUUCCGUCAUCUUCUUCGCUUCUUCUGUCUUACUCUGCCGUGGCUUGUAAAUAGUGGAUACAAAGAUGAACUUGGUUUUCUACAAGGAGGUUUGCAUGUUACAAUGGUGUAAGUUAAAAAAAAAGGUGCCUAAUGUUCAUGUUUGAGCAGACCACCAGGGUCCAACUGCUGCCCUGGAGUCUUUACAGCUGCUUUACUAAGGGUGCUCCAGCUCUCUGAAAGCGGCCAGAAAGAAUGCUAACGUGCACCGACCAGUACGCAUGCUGAUCCCCAUCCAAAUAUGGCCUCCAUCUACAGCAAGGCACCUUUUUUGUGCUUUCUUGGAAUCUUCCGCCUGAACGCGAGCCAUACGCAGAUCACCACAUUUCACCCCUGCGCAGCGCGACCUGACCCGAGCACGUCGACCUCCCGAGUUCAUAAUGCAAGCAUCGCUCACGAGACGAGUUGAGCCCCUUCCCAGUAAAGCAGCUGGAACCAUUUCAACCAGUAGGCGGACGUGCGUCGCGUGCGUGUGCGGAGCAGACAUAGGAACCCACUUGCACUCAAAAAGCUCCCACCUUCGUUGUGCCUCACUUCCAACGGUGCUUUUUCAGUAGUCUGUCUUUUGUUUGUAAGGUGCUGUAUAUAACUUGAAUAUAUAUUAUGCACAUAUCCUACCCAAUGGGUAGACACCACAAAAAUGUUGUGAAUAAUGUAUAGAAAAUAUAAAACUUUAAGAAGGCAGCAUCACAUUUGUAAAGGCCUACUAGUGAAAACAAUAACAACAACAAAAAGCUUUGUCUUUAUUAAAAGUGUAUUUUGAGUAUGCUGACAGCGCAAAACUUGCUCCCUUUGAAUGAUAUUCAGUGGAGUGGAGGAGAUCAUGAUGAGAUGGAUGAAGACUUGUUGCCAUUCUUUGGUUACUAGCUAGCAGUUUGGUGACUACCAAAGGUGUAGUCAACACAUCUUUGCAAAAAGCAUUUAUGACGAUAAACAUAUACGAUCUUGAGUUGUGUGAGUGUCUGUGUGUGUGUGUGUGUGUGUGUGCGCCGCAACCUCAGCCGGGCCAUGUUGAGGUCAACUUGCAUCAUUCAACGUCCAUCUAUAUGGGACAUGUCUACAAGACUGACGUCCACUGCAGUUGGAGGAAUAAAGUAUACAUUAGUAUCAAGCUGUCUUUUAAUAUGUAUUAGUCAGUGUUAGGGAUGGGCAUCAUAAUCGAUUCCAGUAAACGAUUACAACUAAGGCCAAACGGAGCGCACCGCUCACAUCCGCUGUCGAAAGAACACGACCUCAGAUUAUGGAAAAGUCAAGCUACAGCCACACGGACCUCUGCGAUUACAAGCAACAGCAUUUUGCUCAAUACAACACCGACAUUGAAGGAGGAGUUCAGAACAUUCAGAGAAAGACUUCCCCACCGUUGGUCAAGGAAAUGUAGUCAAAUGCCCGUCCUCGGCUUACUCGAAGGUUUGUAUAGUUGCCAAAGUAUAAACUGACGAGAUGCGAACCUCUUGUUGAAGCAUUCGAUGUUCAUAACAACACGACGGCAAGUUGUCGACCAAGGACAUUAUGUAAGGAAAAGGGUCAGUCUCUUGUACUCGCGCGCGGGUACUCGAGCGGUGUGAAAGAAAACAGGAAAUCGUUUAUUGUACUUUGUGUUCAGUUGUUUUGUUUUUUUGUGCACGUUAAGAUGGCACAGUAUAUUUGAGCAAACUCUUGUGUUGUUGAAUCCGCAGUCAUUUAUUUACAGAUGUACUAAAACUACUCCAAUGUACAAUAACAGCAGAGCAUGUUCAUUCUUCUUUCUAGACAAUGUACAUAGCAAUGCGCCAUGUUUUCUUCAAAGCACCAAAUAAGUGGCAGUUGCCUCUUGUUUAAAUCUGGAUCAAGUUCUGUUAGCUCUUCUUGUUCUGUUCCCCCCCUCCCCCUCCCCCAUUUGUUUCCUGCAAUAGCUCGAAGAAUUAACUCCCGAUUCAGACUGAUUUUUCAUUUGGAAUUCCCUGUGCGACAACGCUCCUUAUUUCCUUUUUAAUUAGAACCCUGGCCUCAUGUGCUAAGAUGUUUCAUAGAGAAUAACGACAAAAAUGUCUUAUUUUCAUUAUCCUAUGCCAUGACAGUCACUAUAGGACUGCUUCCGUCAUGGGUUUAGCAUCAGUGGUUUGCUUUAUUUACAAAUAUACCUUCUCGUUUCCACACCUUGCUUCCCUUAUCUGCGUGUGUGAAAGUAUGUGCGCACGCAGUGAGGGGUAAAAUUGUUGUUUAUCUUUUUGUUUGUUUGUUUGUUUGUAUUUAAGCAAUUGUGAUGUAUUAGGUUAUAGGCCUAUGGUCUGUUAUUACAAUACUUAUACAAAAAAGAUGGGGAGGGACAUGUUGCUCCAAGUGCUGUUGUAGUCAAAUCUUUUGUUUGUCAUCAUGCUGUAGUCAAACUACAGUGUAAAAUGAAUAAAACUUUAAAAGUGG